AGACUCAGCCGGAGAGGAGAGAACUUGUCCGCGGGGUCUGCGCUGCCCAGUGUCGCCCACCCAUGGCCUGAAGUCCCGGGGGGCACCAUGUGGGGGAGCUGGUGCUGCUGCCGGGCGCUGCUGCUCUGGAUCCUGCUGCGGGGAUGUGCGGGGCCCCGACCCGACCACACGAGGAGCACAGCGAUCCCCCCGGACACGGUGAAGCUCUGGGCGGACACAUUUGGCAGCGAGAUGUAUGCCGUGGUCACGAAAUACUCGGGGUCGCUUCUCCUACAGAAGAAGUACAAGGAUGUGGAGCCCACGCUGAGCAUUGAGGAGGUGGAUGGAUUAGAUCUGGUCAGGAAGUUCUCAGAAGAGAUGGAGAGUAUGCUGCGGAGGAAGGUGGAGGCUGUGGAGAGAUUGGUGGAAGCGGCAGAAGACGCGGACCUGAAUCACGAAUAUAAUGCGACCCUAGAGUUCGAGUAUUAUAACUCAGUGAGGAUUAAUGAGAAAGACGAGAACGAUAAUUACGUGGAGCUCGGGAAGGAAUUCAUCCUGGAAACCAAUGAGCACUUUAAUAACCUCAUGGUGAACACCUCCCUCAGCAACAUCCAGCUGCCGACCAAUGUCUACAACAAAGAUCUGGAUAUCCUCAAUGGGGUGUACAUGUCGGAAGCAUUAAAUCCUGUGUUUGUGGACAACUUCCAGAGGGACCCCACGCUGACCUGGCAGUAUUUCGGCAGCUCCACUGGAUUCUUCCGGCUCUAUCCAGGGAUCAAAUGGGUCCCAGAUGAUAACGGGGUGAUCUCAUUUGACUGCAGAAAUCGGGGGUGGUACAUCCAAGCAGCCACCUCUCCAAAGGACAUAGUGAUUGUGGUGGACAUCAGCGGCAGCAUGAAGGGGCUGAGGAUGACCAUCGCCAAGCACACCAUCAACACCCUGCUAGACACGCUGGGGGAGAACGACUUUGUUAACAUCAUUGCGUACAAUGACUACGUCCAUUACAUUGAGCCGUGUUUUAAGGGAAUUUUGGUGCAGGCCGACAGAGAUAAUCGGGAGCACUUCAAGCAGCUGGUAGAUGAAUUACAGGCCAAAGGUGUGGGCACCGUCAACAAGGCUCUUAUUGAGGCGUUUAAGAUCCUGAGGGAGUUUCAAGAGGCCGGUCAGGGUGGGCUGUGUAACCAGGCGAUCAUGCUGAUCACCGAUGGCGCGGUGGAGGAAUACGAGCCGGUGUUUGAAAAAUACAAUUGGCCUGAUAAGAGGGUCCGGAUGUUCACCUAUCUUAUAGGGAGAGAAGUGACAUUUGCGGAGAAUGUGAAGUGGAUUGCAUGUAGCAAUAAGGGAUACUACACACAGAUCAGUACGCUGGCCGAUGUCCAGGAGAACGUGAUGGAAUACCUGCAUGUGCUGAGCCGGCCAAUGGUCAUCAACCAUGACCACGAUAUAAUCUGGACCGAGGCCUACAUGGACAGUGCGCUUUUUGCUUCCCAAGCCCAGAGUCUGCUCCUGAUGACCACCGUGGCCAUGCCCGUGUUCAGCAAGAAAAACGAGACGCGAUCAGAAGGGAUCCUGUUGGGAGUUGUAGGAUCGGACGUCCCGCUCCGUGAGCUGCUGAAGCUGGCGCCGCGGUACAAGCUCGGAGUUCACGGUUACGCCUUCCUGAACACAAACAACGGCUACAUACUGUCACACCCCGACCUUCGCCCCCUGUACAAGGAAGGAAAGAAACUGAGGCCGAAGCCGAACUACAACAGCGUCGACCUCUCGGAAGUGGAAUGGGAGGAUCGCGAGGAGAUUCUCCGGACCGCCAUGAUCAACGGAGAAACUGGAUCCCUCUCUAUGGAGGUGAAAGUCACUGUGGACAAAGGGAAACGCGUCCUGUUCCUGACCAGUGACUAUUUCUACACAGACAUCAGUGACACCCCCUUUAGCCUGGGGGUGGUGUUGACGCGCGGACAUGGAGAGUUCAUUCUCAUAGGAAACACUUCUUUGGAGGAAGGGCUUCAUGACCUGCUGCACCCUGACCUGACUUUGGCCAAUGAAUGGAUAUACUGCAUCACAGACAUAGACCCCGACCACCGCAAGCUGAACCAGCUACAGGCAGUCACCCGCUUCCUGAUGGGAGAGGACCCCGACCUGGAGUGUGAUGAGGAGCUGGUGAAGGAAGUUCUGUUUGACGCGGUGGUGACGGCUCCGCUGGAAGCGUACUGGACUCAGCUCGCACUCAAUAUGACCAAACAGGAUAUGGGAAUUGAGGUCGCCUUCCUGGGAACCCGCGCAGGACUUAUCCGGAAAAACCUAUUUGUGGGUGCCGAGGAGAUGUCAAACAAAAAGUUCUUGUGUUAUGAGGAGAAGGAGAGUAUAUUCACUAUGGACCAUUUCCCUCUGUGGUACCGGAGAGCCGCAGAACACACGUCAGGCAGCUUCGUAUAUCACGUCCCCACAGACGACAGCCCAGAUGGAGGUGAAAGGCCAGAAGUAGUGACGGUCAGCACCUCCGUGUCCGUCACCGUCCACAACAAAACCGCCAUCGCUGCAGCUAUCGGGGUCCAGAUGAAGCUUUCACUGCUGCGGGAAAUCUUCUGGAAGGUGGCACAACAGCCCAACGACACUGACUGCAGCGACGCGGACGGGAUGUGUCCCCUGAGCUGUGAGGACGAGAGGCUGAACUGCUUCCUGAUCGACAACAACGGCUUCAUCGUCCUGUCCCGGGACCUGGAUCAUACCGGAGUAUUCCUCGGAGAGGUGGACGGAUCAUUGAUGACGCAGCUUCUGCACAUGAGCAUCUUCAGGCAGGUGACGCUGUACGACUACCAGGCCAUGUGCAAACUACCGUAUCAUCACCACAGCGGGGGCCGCAGCCUGAUGAACCCGUUGUUCGCAUUGAUCUCAGCCGCCCAAUGGCUGCUCAGUAAUCUUGUCCUGUUCCUCCUGGAGUUCAGUCUGUGCCCCUUCUGGUCGUCUGAUAAUACAGCAGAAGCAAAAUCCUUUUUCCAUCACUCGCACAAGCAUAAGAAGCAGGACAUGCUGCAGCCAUGUGACACGGAGUAUCCGGCCUUCAUCCAUGACACCUCCAUCCGGGAGGCCAACGGGCUCAUCGAGUGCGGCCACUGCCAAAAGAUGUUCGUCAUGCAGCACGUCGUCCACAGUAACCUCCUCCUCCUGGUCAGCGACUCGCUCUGCGACUGCAGCAUCUUCCCCCAAGUUUCCUUACAAGCCAAAGAAGUCAAAUAUAACGCUUCUGUGAAGUGUGAGCGGAUGCGAUCCCAGAAACUGCGACGGCGGCCACAUUCCUGCCACGCCUUCCACCCCGAGGAAAACGCCCAGGACUGCGGCCGAGGGUCCGGACUGUCGGUCUCCAUAUUCUUAUUCCUGGCGUCUCUCACGGUUUCCCUGCGGUGACCGAUCCCACCAGCAGCGGCGACAGAGAAGAUGGAGACAUCAGGGUCCUGUCGUGGGUUCAUGGACAAAGGGAAAGUGCGAUUAUCUAUGCAACAUAUAUAUAUAUAUAUAUAUAUAUCCGGGCCCCGGGGGCCCCAGAGUCCUGCAGCGUCUUCUCAGUCACUCGCUGGAUGAUCCGGAUCCUUAGGGAACACUACAGCGUGUCCCCAGCAGGGGGCGCCCUAAUCAUCUGUUCUCCACCAGAUUUUCUCACUUCUAUAUUUCUAUAAUCUGUGAUAUUUCCAGUAAAUAA